AACAAAAAUGGAAGAAAAGGUUUUAUUUAUCUUCUCUUUUUAAAAAAUUUUUUGGCUCAUAUUUGUUGUAAUUGCUCAUUUGUUAGGGUCAUUGGACACAGAAAUACUAAGAUGCCUCCAGAAAUCAUGAAUAUUCCCCAAGUCCUCAAUCAAAAAGUAUGAACAGAGCAGUUGGUUUUCCUGGGGUUUAGACAUGGUCUUUCUUGUUCCUAUUGUAUAGUAACCCUAGCUCCCUCAAGGAAAUCAUGGCCUAUGGGCUCUGCCAAAUAGCAAUUCCUUUCUUUGCUUGCUGGCUCACUGGCUUAAGGAACUUAAAGUAAUCUUUUGGCAAUUUCAGCUUCCAGGUCAGUGGGGACAUUAAUUGUUUCUUGGUAGAAAUGUCACUCUACUCCAAGAAAUAAGAUCUUUAAUCCAGAAAACCUGAGUUUUCAGGAACAGAAUGCACAAAUUUUUGUGGUCAUUCACUGGGAGUUCUAAUGACCAGGUUUAAUCAUAUUUCUAUUCUUUAGUUCCUAGACCUAUGCAUUUUAGCUACUGGGCAGAGAACCAUGUAUCAGCUAUUAGUGUUGUAUAUACUCCAUAUCAUGAAGUUAAUUUCUCACCACAAGGUUUUCUCCCCAAGCCGGUGCCGUAACUGAGCCUUUACCAGGCUAUUCCUUCAUUUUAGGUGUUUCUGGGGUAUAGAGUAAAUGAUAAGAGCAGUGACUCCCAUGAUAUAUGACCACCAUGGUACACUUCCUUUGCUAUGAAAUGUCAUCUUGAUCCUAGUCUGGAUUGCAAGGAGCACCAUACUGAUAGACCAGGUACUGUUGAGCCGUUGAUGGUGGUACUGGUAGAGGGACUGCAGGAAGAAAAGGUAAAUCCAUACUCAGAAUAUGUGUUGAUUCUCAUAAGGACAAAUUGGUAUUCCCUCCAAGACAGGUGGUUCUGAUAGAUGGUUGUGUAGCCAGCCUCCUUGAGAAAUGGUACUAAGUCAAGGUCUUGGCAUCAGAUUCCGUGACUGACAGUUUGGAAAUUUAGCAUUGGCAAUAGCUGGGUUAUCUUUUGUGAGUGGGCACUUAUAUUGUUGGACCAUGCGUAGCUACCAUUGCAGCGCUGGAGACACUGUUUAUGGGCUUUGCUGUACAAGAACUGGGGUGGCUAAAGAGGGCCUGGCUAAGAGGCAGGAAGGAUCAUCCUGAGCACAUGGUUGUUGAGAGUCUCCUUUGCAGUUGAACAGUAGUAUGAGGUCUGCUUUGUGUUUAUUACCAUAGGAUUGUCCACAUACUUUUUCCCAUACAUUUUCUCUGAUCUUCAAGUCUCUUUUUUUCUUGUCCUGUCCAAAUGGUCAAGCCAUUCACUACUGCUUAGAAGUGAGUGCAUACUUAAGAAUCUGAUCCUUUCUUCCAUAUGAAGUGGAUAACCAAGUGUGUUGCUUGUAGUUUUGCCCACCGGGAGGAUUUCCCUUCACCUCUCUUCUUUGGGGCCACCUUAUGUGAGGAUGAAAUGCAACAGCAGACUAUCUCUGGCUAGAGGCAAUAAAUUAUACUAGCCCAAUUAUGCACCAAGCCUGAGCUGUUUUCUCCACCAUUGAUUGCUUUUAGGUAGCAGUUGUGGAAGCUUCCUGUGGACCACAUGAACAGAUGCAGGUGGUGCUGCUGCUCAAACCCAUAAGUCACCUGCAGUGUGUUCUGAAAAUGUGUGGCUCAAGUGCAACUACCCUAAAAGACCAACUUGUACAAAUCAAAGUGGAGGAAAAAGAAGACGAUACUGAGGAAAGCUCAAGUGAAGAGAAAGAAGAGGAGGAAGAUAAACUACCUCGAAGAGAGAGCUUGAGACCAAAGAGGAAACGGACCAGAGAUGUUAUCAAUGAGGAUGACCCAGAACCUGAACCAGAGGAUGAAGAAACAAGGAAGGCAAGAGAAAAAGAGAGGAGGAGGAGGCUAAAGAGAGGAGCAGAAGAAGAAGAAGAAAUUGAUAAAGAGGAAUUGGAAAGAUUGAAGGCAGAGUUAGACGAGAAAAGACAAACAAUUGCUACUGUCAAAUGCAAACCGUGGAAGAUGGAGAAGAAAAUUGAAGUUCUCAAGGAAGCAAAAAAAUUUGUGAGUGAAAAUGAAGGGGCUCUUGGGAAAGGAAAAGGAAAACGGUGGUUUGCAUUUAAGAUGAUGAUGGCCAAGAAAUGGGCAAAAUUCCUCCGUGAUUUUGAGAACUUCAAAGCUGCAUGUAUCCCAUGGGAAAAUAAAAUCAAGGCUAUUGAAAGUCAGUUUGGCUCCUCAGUGGCCUCAUACUUCCUCUUCUUGAGAUGGAUGUAUGGAGUCAAUAUGGUUCUCUUUAUCCUGACGUUCAGCCUCAUCAUGUUGCCAGAGUACCUCUGGGGUUUGCCAUAUGGCAGUUUACCUAGGAAAACAGUUCCCAGGGCCGAAGAGGCAUCGGCAGCCAACUUUGGUGUGUUGUAUGACUUCAAUGGUUUGGCGCAAUAUUCCGUGCUCUUUUAUGGCUAUUAUGACAAUAAACGAACGAUUGGAUGGAUGAAUUUCAGGUUGCCGCUCUCCUAUUUUCUAGUGGGGAUUAUGUGCAUUGGAUACAGCUUUCUGGUUGUCCUCAAAGCAAUGACCAAAAACAUUGGUGAUGAUGGAGGUGGAGAUGACAACGCUUUCAAUUUUAGCUGGAAGGUCUUUACCAGCUGGGACUACCUGAUUGGCAAUCCUGAGACGGCAGACAACAAAUUUAAUUCUAUCACAAUGAACUUUAAGGAAGCCAUAACAGAAGAAAGAGCAGCCCAAGUAGAAGAAAACGUCCACUUGAUCAGAUUCCUGAGGUUUCUUGCUAACUUCUUCGUGUUUCUAACACUUGGAGGGAGUGGAUACCUCAUCUUUUGGGCUGUGAAGCGAUCCCAGGAAUUUGCACAGCAAGAUCCUGACACCCUUGGGUGGUGGGAAAAAAAUGAAAUGAACAUGGUUAUGUCCCUCUUAGGGAUGUUCUGUCCAACAUUGUUUGACUUGUUUGCUGAACUAGAAGACUACCAUCCUCUCAUUGCUUUGAAAUGGCUACUGGGACGCAUUUUUGCUCUCCUUUUAGGCAAUUUGUAUGUAUUUAUUCUUGCAUUAAUGGAUGAGAUUAACAACAAGAUUGAAGAGGAGAAGUUAGUUAAGGCCAAUAUUACCCUUUGGGAAGCCAAUAUGAUCAAGGCCUACAAUGCAUCAUUCUCUGAAAACAGCACUGGACCACCCUUUUUUGUUCAUCCUGCAGAUGUACCUCGAGGACCCUGCUGGGAAACGAUGGUGGGACAGGAGUUUGUGCGGCUGACGGUCUCUGAUGUUCUGACUACCUACGUCACAAUCCUCAUUGGGGACUUUCUUAGAGCAUGUUUUGUGAGGUUUUGCAAUUAUUGCUGGUGCUGGGACUUGGAAUACGGAUACCCUUCGUACACGGAAUUCGACAUCAGUGGCAACGUCCUCGCUCUGAUCUUCAACCAAGGCAUGAUCUGGAUGGGCUCCUUCUUUGCUCCCAGCCUCCCAGGCAUCAAUAUCCUUCGACUCCACACAUCCAUGUACUUCCAGUGCUGGGCCGUGAUGUGCUGCAAUGUUCCUGAGGCCAGGGUCUUCAAAGCUUCCAGAUCGAAUAACUUCUACCUGGGCAUGCUACUUCUCAUCCUCUUCCUGUCCACCAUGCCUGUGUUGUACAUGAUCGUGUCCCUCCCGCCAUCUUUUGAUUGUGGUCCCUUCAGUGGCAAAAAUAGAAUGUUUGAAGUCAUUGGAGAGACCCUGGAGCAUGAUUUCCCAAGCUGGAUGGCGAAGAUCUUGAGACAGCUUUCCAACCCUGGGCUGGUCAUUGCUGUCAUUUUGGUGAUGGCUUUGACUAUCUAUUAUCUCAAUGCUACUGCCAAGGGCCAGAAGGCAGUGAAUCUGGAUCUAAAAAAGAAGAUGAAAAUGCAAGCUUUGGAGAACAAAAUGCGAAACAAGAAAAUGGCAGCUGCACGAGCAGCUGCAGCUGCUGGUGGCCAGUCAUAAGUAUCCUGAGAACCCAGAGAAGGUUCACUUUGCCUUGCUGUUUCAAAUCUGUGAAGGCCCAGAGAACAAGUAUUGUGGAACUUCUGUUUUCCUGUUCUACCCCGAUGGAUUUUCGAGGUCAUUCCGGGCAAUCAAGGCAUCAUGAAUCCUACCUGAGCAAAAAGAAUCUUCACCUUAUUCCAAAUUCAGAAACUGUUUCUGUGCAGCGACUCUCUCCCCUGCUCCAUUUCGUGACUUUUUUUUUUUUUUUUUAACCAAUUGAUUUUAGAAGUGGGUGUGAUCCAGCAAUACAAUUUACUGGUUUCGUUGGUGGAUUAAUUAAAAAGAAAUUACUUAUAUGAACUUUCAUUUUAUACAUUUCUUUUGCCUUAGUUUUCUUAAACUGAGAGCAAAUAUAUUUCAUCCUUUUUCCUCUAAGUUCAGAAAUAUCUGCGAAAAAAGUACUCGUAAUCAUUCAUUAACUCACUUUUUGAAACCAAUACCUUAUUUUCUCUUUUUUUCUACCCGCUUCCCCACCCAUACCCCCUGCAAAUAUAUACCUAAAACCUUUGUAUUUGGUGCUGGGUUCAGUAUGAAGAGAAAUAGGCUUUUUAUAAAUAAAAUCCUAUGUGAAUUGGGGCUUGGAUAGCACUGAGUUGAAGACCUCUUACCUUGAGACAGUACAUGAGUCUUAUACAGCCUAACUUUUUAUGA